AUGAGGUGUUGGUCACUCUUGGUAAUCCUUGGAUGCUACUUUGCCGUCGUAUCCGAAAGUAGUCCUGUUAGUCUCUCGCGUUCGAAGAGGUCCUAUCAUGAGCCUGAAGGAUACUGGAGCAAGAAGCUCACCUGGAAGACGGAUUGGGUCAAGGUCUGGAAGACGGAGAAAAAGCUGAUCUGGAAACCAGACUGGAAGAAGAUCCAGGUCCCCAUCUGGAAGGAAAUCCAGGUUCCCAUCUGGAAGGAGAUCCAAGUUCCAGACUGGAAAAUAAUAAACAAGCCCAUCUGGAAGGAGACCCAAGUCCCCGCCUGGAAGGAAAUCCAAGUCCCGGACUGGAAAGAAGUUCAAGUUCCGGCCUGGAAAGAAAUCCAAGUUCCAGACUGGAAGGAAAUUCAAGUACCGGACUGGAAGGAGAUCCAGGUGCCAGCGUGGAAACAGAUCUGGAAACCGGUGUGGGUCGAGGUCCAGGUACCAGCUUGGAAGGAGAUCCAGGUGCCAGAAUGGAAAAAAUCGUUCGUACCUGAGUGGGUGAAGGAAGGAAUCCACGGAGAGCACUAUUUGGGAAAAGAUCACCACGGCAACGAAUACACUGCGCACGACCUCUGGAAGAAGAAGCUUAUCUGGAAACCUGUUUGGAAGAAGGUGUGGCGAACGGAAAAGAAACAGAUCUGGGUCCCUCAGAAGAAAAUGGAGUGGAAGUCCGAGUGGAAGCAGAUCUGGAAAACGGAAAAGAAACAGAUUUGGCGAACGGAAAAGAAGCAGAUCUGGAGGACAGAAAAGAAACAGAUUUGGAUCCCCAAGAAGGAGCAAAUAUGGAGGACGGAGAAGAAACAGAUCUGGAUUCCUAAGAAGGAACUGAUCUGGAAACAGGAAAAAGUACAGAUCUGGAGGACGGAGAAAGUACAGAAAUGGGUGACAGACAAGAAACUCGUAUGGAAGGACGAGUGGAAGCAGAUAUGGGUACCGGUUUGGAAAACGAUAGAAGUGCCCGCAUGGAAAAAGAUCUCGAAACCUAUAUGGGAAAAAGUGUGGGUGAAAGUUCACCACCAUCACGGGUGGGACAGAUAA